AUGUUAUUUCAUAAAAGUGUUAUUACAAUGAUAUCUGAUAAUAGACCAGAUUGGAAUACUGAUUGUACGGCAAACAUUUAUAAUUUAGGACGAUUUUGGGAAGAACAAAGACUCGAUGCUCUGAUAUGGGUCAGCUAUGCUCCUGGACAUAAUCGUUUUAAUCCAAUUGAAAGUAUGUUCUCAAGAUUAACUGAUCUCUUACAAGGUGUUAUUAUUGAUUUGGAUACAUCAUUUAAAGAUACAUCGCAGAAACUAGAUAUGUCAUUAAUUGAUUUAUGUAAAUACUGGAAUAAUAAAAAUUAUUAUAAUUAUAAAAUUGAUUGUCAUCCAAUGUUUUCUGUUAAUGCAAAUAUAUUUGAAGGACAUGAAGAAUUAAAGAAUUUAUUAAUGAAUAAAUCACAAGUACGAAUACAAGAAAAUCCAAAUGUUCAAUUUAGUUUACAACUCUACCUUCGUCAUUGUGUUCGUUCCACAUAUUAUAUAUCAUUUAUUAAAUGCGAUGAUAAACAUUGUGUACACUGUUCUCGUUAUCCAGUUCGUGCUACAAAAACAAUAUCUUUACUUCGUGCUGGUGGUGGAGAUAUUCCUUGGCCAACAAUGAUAUAUAGCAAUCAACAUUACGAUACAUUUUUACAAAGAUCACAUUCUAUCUUAUCAUGUGAAAAAAAUCUUUAUCCAGAUCAAAAUUUACUAUCUUGA